CCAUCACCUACCUACCUAAACUUACAAAGCCGACACACAAUCCACAUUCAACCUCUUCUUCAUAGCUUGCAAACUCUAACCAGCCCAAUGUCCGACGAUCUUGAUGUCAACCCAUCCGAGGUCAAAUUCCUCGCAACGCUAAAAGAGAGCAAGAACUCAGUAGUCUUCAAAGUCCAUUUCCGAGACAAGAUAUGCGUCAUGACAGUGGUAAACAAAUGAACCAUUCUCUUCGUUUACUGCCUCUUACUGUGUGCUGAGGUAUAAUAAAUGCAAGUAUCACGACAGAGGCAAAUCCGAAUGGGACCCCCCCCCGACCGCGAAAUUAACCUAUUCAUCUCAGAAUCCACCACAUAUAGCAGACUAAAAGCAAAAGGCCUGUGCCAUAGAGGCGUUAUUCCUGAUUUCUACGGGACGAUCAGAAAGAUCCAACCGGCUUCAUGGCCCUCUCUCACCAUGUUCCUAGACGACGAACUCCCCCCCAACGCCACCGUCAUCGAAUACAUUCCCAACCUGCAGCAGAUCGAUCUGUCCAAUUAUACAGAGCGCCGUUUGGAGACACUCCGUGACAUCCUUGACGAGAUACACAACGCGGGUGUUUUACAUGGUGAUGCUUAUCCGCGUAAUAUGAUGGUAUCGCUAUCUCCAGGGGAACGCGAUCGGGUGUUGUGGAUCGACUUUGAUUCUGCGCAAACGUUUGCUGAGGGGGAUUCGCUUUCGUCAAGACAGAGGCAGUGGGUUGGGGAUGAGGUUGAGUUGGUGGAUUAUUUUGUGGAUGCUUUGCCGAAGGAUUUCGAGGAAGGGAGGCUGAAUCGUACGUGGUCUUACUAUCACCAGUAUGAUUAGGAGGACUGGUUGGUUAUCAUGCCCUGUAUAUAUAUACAUGAGGGUUGGAAUAUGCUCUAUAUCGCUAGACUGGGUCGUGCGGGGCACGGCUAUAUCCUCUUCCGC